AUGAUGUUGAACAAAGCUAUGAUUCAGAAUGAUGGGGAACGAGAAGAGGAGUAUGGUGGUGUUGUUAACCUUUCAAGUGAGUGUCAAUAAUGGUUCCUUUUUACAGAGUACUAUUAAAGCUUUGUCUUCAGUUGCAUAAAGACAAAGGUCCUACAAUGAGCUUGUUGGUUCCAGGGUGGAAAGUUCUGGUUUUGAGACCUGGCAUUGUGUUGUGUUCUUGGGCAAGACACUCUUAUCUCACAGUCCUUAUCCAUAUGAGGGUUGAUAUAACUUCACAGUAACAUUAACACUGGAGACAAAAACACUGAGGGGUGAGAUCCCAUGGAAAUGACAGGACUUGCCUUCUCCUGCCUCAACCUUGUCUCCUUUUUUAUUGCAGAUCGUAAUUUGAAGACAAUUGGGCAUCUUCCAAAAGGGGUCUCUCCUUACACUCUCCUUUUAAGUAACAAUGGAAUAUCAAAGGUGGAAAAUUUACAGUACUUCAUCCACUUGCAACAGGUAAGGGACAGAAAGUUCACUUAAAAGAUGGAAGCUUCUCCUUCUUAAAUAAUUGCAUACCAGAAUGGUUUAAAGAAAAAAUUGUUUUACUUUCUUUUGUUUCAGUUAUCUUUGGCUAAUAACCACAUUGUUGACAUUAAAGGGGUCAGUGCAGCAACUGGUUUGAAAGUUCUUGACCUUAGUAACAACAGUAUUGUCUCAAUUGAAGGUAUUCUCUCCCUUCUGCUUUAUUACUGAUUAUUAUUCUGUAAAUAUUGUUCACUUGCCUCUCUAGACAUGGUUUGAAGCUGUGCACCUUUCUUUAGCAGAUACACCCUACUAGCACUAACACUUCUGAUCCUGCAUGCUUUUAUCUGAUGAUCAUAUGCAAAUUUUAUGAUCGGCCAAAUAGUUGUUUGAGAUAGAGUGUUCAUUCACCAUUGACAUUUGCAGUCACAGAAAAAGUUGAUGUGUGCUUUGAACUGUGUUGAUGUACCAGUACUUUAGAAUUUACAUUUUAUUGUCCAUGUUUUGAAGGUAUCAGUUGGUUAACAAAUCUUGAAUGGUUAAAUCUUUCUGGGAACAACAUUGAGGUAAACUGAUGCAAAUUUUCUGGUUCACUGACUAUCAUUUAUAAACAGACAGAUACAUUCAAUUUCUGGAAGCCAACAUUCAGGACUCUAUAUCUCCAAUAAUAAUAGCCAUAUAUUUUCCUUGUUCUCUAUCACUGCAGAAAAUCGAAAACCUUGAUAGAAAUACCAACCUGUAUCACUUGGAUUUGUCAGACAAUAGGUAAGGUUGUACUCAAAAUUAGAUAUUUGUAUUCAUAAUUGAAGGUGAAUUGAAUUAAUCUUGUAAUUAAUUGUGAAUAAUUUCUGACCUCUAGAGAUGUUAUUCUGACAUUGAUGUAUAAAUGAUCAUAAUGAUGAUACAAGUAGUAUAAACAAAUUGAAUGUAAUCACUAAUUUUUUAUGAUAAUAUUGAUAUAAAUUGUAAAAUAAUGCAAACUUGUAUUAAGUGAUCAACUCUAAUUAUUAUAUGGCUAUCAUUAUUUAUGCUGUGUAAUUUCAGUAUUGCUGUCAUAUCAGGAUUGAAAUCGCUCAGGAUUUUAAAGGUAUAUGUGAAUCCAUGGGAUGAUUUCCAACAUAAAUUAUUAACUGCAUUGCAGGUUUGUGACAGCAUAGGGAUUAGAAUGUUUACCUUGUUUUUAAUUUUUCUAACAUACUUUCAUUUGACACAGACUUUAUUGCUGCAUGGAAAUCUGAUAUCUUCCCUGGAAGUCAUUAAAGAAGAAGUAGCACGCACAGUCUGCACACUCUCUCUGGCUGAUAAUGAUAUAUCAGACCUUAAUGAGGUACACUGCCUUGAGUACAUGAACAUCUAUAUGCAUACCAAAAACUAAAAUAAUCAGCAAUAUUGAUGUCUUUCAGAUGUUACAUUUGUCAUCUCUAAUCAAUUUGGAGCAGUUGUCACUGUUGAACAAUCCUUGCAUCUUGACUAAUGGAAACUGGAGACUGUAUCUUUUAUUAAAAUGUUAAAUGCUUACCAGAUAACAUUAAUGUAUCUUAUGCCUUCCUUUGCUAAAUUGAGGCAUGGACCUAGGAAUUUUUCUUUGCAAGGGGGAGGGGAUUCAAACUUUGUUUCAGAAAGCACAGAACAUUUUUACGCCAGAGCCUAAAAAAGCUAAAAAUAUAUUUUAAUAUAUUCAGUAAAUUUUUAUACUUCAAGUUGAGUAGUAAGAUGCAAUCCUUCUCUGAAAUAAUUUUGGCUUCCGACAAGUAGAGAAAAUACCCUCAGGUCUGAUGGAGGAAGGUGUGGACCCCUUGAUUCUCCCCUGGAUCUACCACUGAAAAUUCCCUUUCCCCCCCUCCCCCCAACACACACAUGAACCAAACAUUGGUGAUAUUCAUCAACUGUCAGACCCUUUGACCAAUUUAACUUUCUGGUGAAUUGAAGAGAAGACUGGUUUACACAAGUGGCCAUUUCUAUUUUAACGCUGUUGACCCAGAAAUAUCUUAAAUUAUUCUCUUAACUUUGCCUCAGAGAAGUGAACUACAGGCCUUAUCUGGUAUAUUGCUGUAGAAACCUUAGGAAUCUGGAUGGACAUUUGGUGAACAAUGAUGAAAGGCAAGUUCAUGUAAUUUUCUUGUAUUUGUAAACUCAAGUGGAGUUUAGUGUUCAGUCUAGUACUGACUGCAUGAAUUACUGCUAACUUGAUCUUAUUUUCCAGCCCAACAUGUCCCUAUCAACAGCCUUUUUGCAAGUAAUGAUUCUCAACUUAAAUGGCAUCAGCCAAGUUUAUUGAUCUAUCAAGUGUUCUUAUUUUCUUCUUCUUCUUCAUGUUCCUCCUAGUCUCUUUCCUUCUCUAUCUGCCUGCAGCUCUGUUUCUUGUUUGAAUGUACAUUUAUCUGUACUAAGUCUUGAAACUAUCUCUAGGUCUGCCCAUAUUUUAAUCUUGUCUGAUUUGCCUGUCUCUUAGGGCUACAACUUCUCCUUUGACAUUUGUUUGUUUGUCUAUUCCUCCCUUGUUUACCAUUCAUUUCUUGCCCAAAUAAUUGCCCCAUUCUCCCAUUUAUUACCCCUACAUUUCUCUCUCUGUUAUCCUGUUUGUUUUUGUGAUCAAUGCAGAAUACUUGCGAGACUGCUGGAUCAGGCAUUCAGUCGCAUUGGCCAUCCUUCCUCAGGAGAGCAUUAUGAACUUGUGUCCAUUUUACAUCAUAUUUGCUCAGAAUCCCAGGAAGAUACCCAGGUAUUGUACUUAGAGUUUUAUUGCAGUUGAUUUACAGAAAUAUUAGUUCUAUCAGCUGCUAUUGGAAUCAAGACCAUCUAUGUGAACACUAGCUUCCUUUUUUCUGUUUUUUCUUACAGAGAGCAGGAGCACAUGCAGGGGAAGAUGUGGGUAGGUGAACCAUUUUGUUUGAUUCUGAAUGAUUCAUUACUUAGGGUGGAAUUUUUGGUAAACAGUACAAGAUUGUUUCUUGUUUUAUUAUUGUUAUUAUUGCAAAUUUUAUUAAGGUUUUUUUAAAAAUAUUCUUUUGUGUGUAAUAAAUACCAUAAUGUAUGACUCUCUAUUAUGGGCACUGGGUAUUUUGGACAUUGCCAGGUAUGACAAAGGCUUCCUCACGCAAUACCUUUAUUUAUUUGCACCUCUUGACAUGUCUAUUAUUCGAUUAUCGGUCAUUAGAUUUUAUUCUUCCAGACAGCAACACUUUAUUGGAAUCAGAAAGUUUCUUCAUUCCAGUUCCUAUCUCUGAUGAAGACCAAACAGAAUCAGGUAUGCUGUAUCAUUUGCAAAACCUUCCUAUAAAUUAUCAAAAACCUUCAUUUGAAUAAGUAAAAGCUAAUCAAGUCUAUUUUCAUCUUUGAAGAUGAUCCCAUUAUGACAGAAGAAGAAGCUCUGCGACUGUUUAGUUUGGCAGCCACAAUAAUUCAAGCUCAUGUGCGAGGUUAUCUGGUGAGGAAGAAGUUUGACUUCUGUCAGUACCGACAAAGGAAAUAUGCAGCGGCCUGCAUUCAGGCAGCUUGGUAAGAAACCUAUGAAGCUUAAUCUUUCCUUUCUUAUCACUCCCCAGCCUUCCCCCUCACUUGUCUUCAUACCUUUGCUCCAUGUUUUAUUUUCUCCCUUCCCACCCUCAGCCCUCUUUUCUUUCCAUUCCUACCUUUAUAGCUUCUCUAAUUUCCUCCUUACCCUCCCUCCCUCCCUCCCUCCCUCUCUUUCUUUAAUUCCUCUCUCAUUUUUUCCCGUCUUACUCUGGCUCCCUUUCUUCUUUCUCUCUCCUUACCUUCACCCUCUCCCCUAUUCCCUUUCCUAACCUCAUUCCCUACAGUACCUUCUUUCCUACUACUUCCCUUGCCUCACCCCUCCAUCCUCUCCUUUGUCUCUCCCUACCCUCAACAGCCUCCCUUCCCUCACUCCCUCAUCCAUCUCUUCCUACCCUCACUCCCUCUCCCCUCCUUCCCUUCCCUCUGCUCCCUUCUUCUUUACUUCCCUCCAUACCCCUCCUUCAUUCCCUUCUUACCCUCAUGCCUCCUUGUCUCCCAAACCCAAAACCCUCUUUGUCUUUCUUUCCUACUUUCAUCUCUCUCCAUUUCCCUCUUAUCUUACUGCCCUUUGAUCCUCUCUUUUGUUUUACUACUGCUAUGAUUAAUAACAUUGAUUUUUCUUGUUAUUAAAUAUUAUAGGAAGGGAUAUCGUGCUCGUACUAGAGACAUUAAAAUUGUCAACAUAAGGAAUGAAUUAAGAGUGCGAAGGUUGAUAUCCCUUAUAAACCAUUUAUAUGGUGUAUUAGACAGGUAAGCAUAAAAAUAUUUGUAUGGACUUGUGUUGUGUGCUUACCUGUAAUUUUUCCAAGUAGUUCUCCAACUGGCUUUCCUAAUAAGGCUCUUCUUUCCUGCUUUCAAGGGAACAUGAGGAAGCUGUUAAAAGUAGAGAACAGUUUAAGAAAGCAAUAGAAUAUCUGUGGCUUCAGGUAUCUACAUUGCAUGUAACAUAACAAUUAUGAUCUCUGAAUGGUCUUGUUUUGCCUCAUCUGUUUACUGACAAUGACAAUUUAAAGCCUUGUAUUAUGAUAUAAUGAUGGUGACGACAGUAAUGAUAAUAAUAAUAGUAAUAAUAGCAAUAGAAAUAAUUAUAUUACUUAUGGCAAUAGUAAAAAUGACAAUAGUAAUAAUAGCAAUAGUAAUAAUUAUAAUAGUAAUGAUGAUGAUAUCACAUUGUAAAGUUAAAAAUACUUAUCAUGACAGACAAUCCGGGUGUAAAGAUUUUCUUUUGUUUCUUUUUUAAAUGUAGAUUUUGGAACAGUCCAAACUGAAUGAGGUCCAGCUUCGCAGAGAGCAAAUGAAAGCAGCCAUCAAAAUUCAGACUUGGUGGUAAGAUGUUAACCUCUAGAUUAUAUUAUUUCACUGCAAUAAAAGCCUUAAUUUUAUCUGUUCACAUGACUACGUUUGCACCAGUUUGAAUGGAACCCGAUGUCACCUGUACCUAGCUUGGUUCAAAAAAAAAAAACAAAAAUGUAAGUGAGAACUUACUUUUGAGCACGAAGGACUAUCCACAAAAUCCACAAAACCUGCAAAAAUUUUAUUUAAACUCGCAAAAUUUUUGUCCCACGAUAUGUUGUAAAAUAUGUCAAUUUCGUUUUCAAUUUCCUUGGUUUGAUUUUUGUUCUGUUAAUUUUAGGAGAGGAUGUAUGGCCAGAAAGGUAAAUAACACAUUUUUCCCUUUCAGCUGCUUUAUUAUCCUACAACCUAUUUGUAACUUACAAUACAUCACUAAGCUCGAAAAAUUAACAUAUAUUAUAUGUCAUUGACUGACAAGAAGUAUCGUUCACAGCCAGUCCUAAAAGCACCCGUAAAAACGCGGUCAAAACUCAUGCGAGAGAACAAUCAUGCUGUAGAGACACUCCGUAUGACUCUCUCGCAUUCGUAUCCCCUCUCUUGCGUGUGCCGUCCUAAAUUAUCCGCACAGGGUUAAUUUAAACGCCUGCUAGGGAAGUUUAAUCGAAAAAAAAAACGUAUGAAAAAUGCUCAAGACCAUCGACCAACAGUAAAAGUGUUUUUAUUCCGUAUGGUUUAGCUGUUUCCCCGCAAGAAGAUGAACCAGGAUCAAGUGGCAAUGCUCUUUGCUAUGUGUCGCCAGCUACAGACACAGGUGAUGAACGCUUCUUUAUGUCCUCGCUCAAAAACCUAUUUUAGGUCUCUCUCCCUGAUAAUCUUGUUUCUUGAGAUCAUUUUAACAUUAAGCAAAGAGUAGUCUCAAAACUAAUAAAGGAUAAAUUUUGAGUCAAAAUGUGCGGUUGUUGGGUAAAGGCGUUAACAGGUCAAGUUUGUGAUGUAUGUGACUCUCGUAUUCUUUUCUUUGUUUUUAGUUGAAUGUUGUCACAUCCCAGAUAAAUGAUCUCACUAAAGGUAACUUGAUUUCAAUGCUGUGUUGUUUUAUGCCCGUUACUUUUGGCUGGAAUGUCAAUGUUCUACUGAUUCGAGAUAUUGAUAAAAACUAAUUGUCAUUUGGUAAGUAGUGGACGCAAUUACUGCUUUUUAUGGAAAACCUGAAGAUUUUGCAGAGUCUUUUGAGGAUUCGGACUCUCGUUUCAAAGUACAUCCAGUUCGGGAGGGUGAAAUUUUGAAAGCGUGAUUUAGAAAAUAUGAUUUUACCAAGAAUUUAUUUAGGGUUAAAACGCACAAGGCUCUGUCAUGGGAUCAGAAAACUCACGCCACCUUCUCAACCAAUCAGAUGCAAAACCAAAACCAAUCGCGUCUUGGUCACCUGCGUUUUCCCGCGCUAAACGCGGUUUAUAUGCAAUUACUCAUUGGCCCUCUCUGAUGUUGGUCUGUACUCUGAUUGGACGUUACUGUUACUUUGGGUAUUGGUGUUGACGACAGAAUUAAAGGGCGCUGGAACAAUAAAAAGUUUGCAAAGCUUGAAGCUUUUUAUCUACACCUGCCAUAUUGGUUCUCAACAAUCGCUGACUAUUCAUUGCAGGUAAAAUCCAAGACAACGAAUCUCAACACGAAGCUGAAAAGACGGAUUCAGAAGGACAGGAUCAGUUCUACGACACAUUCAACACAUCAAAGGAGAGCGUAGAAACAAAGUUCGCCGAGGAUCCUACGUUAUCGCCUCCUGUUCAGCAUUCCGAUGCUACCUCAGGCCCGUCCCCUGAACGCUCCCUAGUUGAGGAACGAGACGAAAAAGGAGAGCUUAAAAAUUGUGAUGAAAAUAUUCCCGUGUCAGGUGAACUGGAGUCUGGAGGCAAAUUAUUGUUCACAGACGAUUCGGUUCUAUUAGAUCUUGAAUUAAACAAAGAAGCUCCACUUGCAGGCAGAAUGGAUCAGGACGCUUUCGGAUUAGCUCUUACAAAGUGUGAUCAAAAGGACUCCGGACUGAAUAUCGCGAAUUCAUCGAAUAGUUUUGAAGGGGAAACCAGAUUGUCAUCAGCCGCACCGGGAAUGGAAGAGAAACAGUUAUCCCUUCUUGAAACGAAACAUAGCGAGAACGAUACUGAGGAAGCACCCCAAGGACCUUUAGAUCUUGAAACGGAGAGAAAUAAUGAUGUUGCACGCGAUGUAGGAGAAUUUUUCGAGGGUAGGAGAUCUCCUUCCUCCCUUGACCAAAAUGAGCCUCUUUCUGAGAAAGUCACCUCGAAACCUCACGUUGAAACAGGUCAAGUGAUGGAGAAUACGGCUCCACGUGUUCUUUGCUCGCUUGUGGAUUCUCAAGAAUCUGAUUCAACAGAAAAGGACCUGAACUGGGGAGCAUCUGAAGGAAAGAGUUUACAAGCCAGCAUACCGGAAAUAAUUGUUAGUAGUCCAAUUCCAACUGAUGAUGAAGAUAGUGACGACGGGGACACAAGCAAUGUCCAGAAGGAAGUUCACAGGAACCAAAAGGAGAGGAAAGGCACAGCUGAAAACUAUUCUUACACCGAUUUAGCCUGGAAGUUCUCGAGCUCGUUCCAUGUGAAGAAUUUAGAUCAGAAACUUUCCGGAGGUGAUGCAAGUAGUGAUGAAACUAGAGACGACACAUCCUUCAAGAAGGAGAGAGAUAUGCAUGAAGAACUCCAUAAAAAUGAGGUGAAGUCUUUGAGAGGAGCAGAAGGUAGUUUGCCUUGGGCAAAGUCUAAUCGCGGAAAACCGGGUGAUGAUGAAGAAGAUGCCACCGUUACAAGCAGCUCCGUGUUCCAUGAGAGCGUUUCAAGCUUGGGUGAAAGAGCCACAACCUUACUGUCUCAGCUCAGAUCAGAAAUCGCCAAUAUGAAGACAGCUCGGCUUGGCGGUGCCUCUUCAGUCAUAACGUCGGGAGACGAUGGUGCUACUAUUGUGGUUGAAAGCACAGUGCAUGCAAACCUUGAUCCCGAGAAUGUAAACAAAAGUUCAGGUGAGCUUUCAACACAAGAGAGCAGCACUGCAAGCGAAAUAAAUGACAUUUCUAAGCCAGAUCAUGCACCUGCCGUGACCUAUCGUUUGCCGUUGUUUGAAGACGUCGACAGUACAUGUACAUCUCUUUCCCUCGACGACUUUCUGUCAGACCCCGUCCUUGAAAACGUUGCAAAAGACCCCGUAUGUGACACUGGAUGUGAACCUAUAGAGACAGAUGAUUAACGCUGCGAUGAAUCGCGCUCUUUUCCUUUUGAUCUCUUAUUUUUGGAAAGAAGUAUGGUUCUCCUGAAAAAACUUGUAGUUGUUAAAAUGAACGAGAUGAGAUUAGAAAUGCGAACAGGCAUAGCUCUUCAAAUUCACGUUGAGAUAUAUAUUAUAUAUAUAUUUCGUUAUCCUCCGUCAGGUUAAACAAACCACCGAAGGAUUUAUGUCUGUCCCUUAGAAGCUUAACAA